AUGUAUUCUUCCAUCAGACAGGGACGUUUAUCCGACUGUGAAUAUAUAUUGCAACAUUUCCUUGAAACUGCCAAGAAGACCGACCAGCCUCAACACUUGGCCAUUGCCCAUUUAGCCCUGGCCCGCUUUUUUUCAAUUGUAAAGAGGCCAAAAGCAUCUGAUCUUGUCUCGACGGCCGUAUGGGAUGAGAGUUUUUCAAGUUCAGCUGAUAAAAAGGUGAAUGCUCUGGGCAAAUUAGACCCAGAACAAACGUCAACAGAAAGGGAAGUCACCGGGCUGCACUUGCUACCAAGUGGGACGGAUGAAGCAGCGGUUGAACAUGCUAGCCACUCCUACCGCCUGGCCCGCGCUAUUGAGCCAAGUUCAGCACAAACUCAAGCAGCUCGACUCUGGAUGGGUGUCGCCAGUGCGCACAGGUCAGUUAACACAUGA